CACUCUCUCUCCCUCUCUCUCUCUCUCUCUCACACACACACACACACACAACACACACCGAGCCAUGGCAGGCAAGCUGACAGCGCAAGGCACCGGAGUACUGCUCGUCACAGCCAACGUUGGAUCCCUGUUCGAAGAUCCUGAAAACCUCCAGAAGACAUGGCUGAGGGAGUUUUACCAGAUAGUAUAUUCCCAUAAGCCCCACUUCGUGGCAGUGCACUGUCAAGAGGUGGGCGGCAAAAACUACGAGGCGUCCAUGUCGCACGUGGACAGUUUUGUCAAAGAGCUGUUGUCCAGUGAUGCCAUGAAGGAGUACAACAGAGCCCGCGUCUACCUCGACGAGAACUACAAGUCCCAAGAGCAUUUCACAUGCAAAUCCUCAAGUUGUGUGUUUUCGGUACUGUUUUACUCAUCUGGUGUGUGCCUCUCUGUUCUGCAGUGCAAGUGGUCCAGAAAGGGAUUGAUCAGAACUCGAUGGGCCCUGGCUGACUGUGCAUUUGACCUGGUGAACAUCCACCUGUUUCAUGAUGCCUCCAACCUGGUGGCCUGGGAGAAGAGCCCCUCCAUCUACUCUGGGACCAGACAGAAGGCGCUGGGCUAUGUCUUAGACAGGAUCACAGACCAGCGGUAUGAGAAGCUGCCAUAUUUUGUCUUUGGGGAUUUUAACUUCAGGUUGGACUCCAAGCAGGUUAUUGAGAGUCUCUGCUCCACUGCCACUAUGCAGACAGUCAGAGCCGCUGACACCAACGAAGUUGACAAGCUAAUAUUCAGAGAGAGCGACAACGACCGAAAGGUUGUUCUUCAACUUGAAAAGAAGCUUUUUAAUUAUGUCAACCAGGACGUUUUCCGGGAAAACAAUGGGACCUCGCUUUUAGAGUUUGAAGAGCUGUCGGUGUUCAAGGAUCGGCUACAUGAGCUGGAGAUCUCCUUCCCACCCAGUUAUCCAUACAGUGAAGACAGCAGUCAGGGCAAGCAGUACAUGAACACCAGAUGCCCUGCCUGGUGCGACCGAAUCCUCAUGUCUGCCUCCGCCAGAGACCUGGUUCUGAAGCCUGAAAACGAAGAGAAGUCAGUAGUCUAUGAUAACAUAGGGCCCAACGUCUGCAUGGGGGACCACAAGCCUGUCUUCCUGUCCUUCCGAAUAGCAGCGGGGGCAGGUAAACCUAAUGCAAAUAAGCACAAGUGUUGUGUGGUGCAGUGAUGUCGUGGGAAGUGGUGCCAAAGGGGGGAAAUGAUAUUCCGUGAAGCGCCUCUGUGAGAACACACACAGCAGGAGAAACACAGGACACCAACACACACACACACACACACACCUACACACAACCACACACACACACACACACACACUGAAGAACCAACACAACCCUUUCAGCAGUGCUGACCAGUUGCAGAUGUUGUGACACCUCAUCCAUACGAAAACGUGUCGUUUCCUCCACACACACACACACACACUCACACACACACAACACACAAAACACAAAAAAAAACAAAAACAACAACACUCGUUGGGAAUGCGGACUAGCCAACCCGAUGACGACCCGGCUCGAGACAAGACACAUCGCUGACCUCACCGUCGCCACGCCAACCCCGUUCCCGGGAAAAGGACCGGACGUUUCUCUUCCAUGUCACAGCCUUGUUGCCAAAACUCUAAGUGAAAUCAGCCCUACUAAGUGAUUUUAGACACCGUAUUUUUAGGUAUAUAUGCCUCGAUGUAUAGACGAUACUUUCCAGUACAGUAUGUAAGAUGUUUUAAAGAAGAAGAAGAAGAAGAAGACGAAGAAACAACAACAGAAAAGUGCAAUGCAGAACAGUUGUGUAUCUAUAUAUUGUUAGGUUUAUUUGUACAUUGGACAGUAUAUAUAACAUAAGAGUUAUUUGGUGGUUUUAGUGCCGCUCUCCGACCACCCACCCCCCCCUCUCGACCCCCACCCCCCCAAGUCUUAGCGGCCGCCUGCUUAGAGGACGGCGGCCCGGGUUCAUCGUGUUUCUGUUCGUUCGGUUUUCCCGGCGCGCCGCGUGCGCGCACCGGCGCGCCGCCCGUGCGCCUCAGCCGAGUCUCGUUUUAUAUACUGUACUUUUUAAAGAGAUAAUUUAUAAUUCUUACCAAAAUUGUUAUGCUGAAGUAUACGGAGACAAAAGCGGCCGCGGGUGUCCCUGCGGCCGCGGUGACCUUUGAAAUAGUCGUUAACAAAGAGGAGGAGGGGGGAGACACGUGAUUUAUAGCACCUCCAAGAAUGUUGUAAGCAGUGCCAUAGACCAUGCAAGUAUAUAUAAGAUAAUUAUUCAUAUAUAGCAGUCUCACGGUUGUUUCGGUUUUUUUUCCUUGUUAUUCUUACUCUAACUUAUUUCUAUGUAAUAAUAUUAUGGUUCUGAAUGUGAUAUUUUAGGUAGGCUUGGGUAUCCCUAAAGUGUAAACUUUUUUUUUUUUGUCUAUUUUUGUUACUGCGUUAUGGUGCCAAGUAUAGUCCACAGAAAUGAAGUG